CGGCGGUCGGCUGAGGGAUUUGGGGGCGCCGCGUACUGUAGUCGGCUCCAGCCUCGGACGGUGGCAAGCGGUGGGGACCGUGGAGCACGUGCACCAGCGGGGGCUCGAGGCAGAGGCGGCUUGAGAUGCCAGAAGUGGGUGGAGAAUUGUAGAAGAGCAGACUUAGAAGAUAAAACACCUGAUCAACUAAAUAAACAUUAUCGGUUGUGUGCCAAACACUUCGAGACCUCUAUGAUCUGUAGAACUAGUCCUUAUAGGACCGUUCUUCGAGAUAAUGCAAUACCAACAAUAUUUGAUCUUACCAGUCAUUUGAACAAUCCACAUAGUAGACACAGAAAACGAAUAAAAGAAUUGAGUGAAGAUGAAAUCAGGACCCUGAAACAGAAAAAAAUUGAUGAAACUUCUGAACAGGAACAGAAACAUAAAGAAACAAACAAUAACAAUGCUCAGAAUCCCAGUGCUGAAGUGCAGGGGGAUGAGCAGGAUGAAGACAUUUUACCUUUAACCCUGGAAGAGAAGGAAAACAAAGAAUACUUAAAGUCUCUAUUUGAAAUUUUGAUUCUUAUGGGAAAACAAAACAUACCUCUAGAUGGGCAUGAGACUGACGAAAUCCCAGAAGGUCUCUUUACGCCUGAUAACUUUCAAGCUUUGUUGGAAUGCCGGAUAAAUUCUGGCGAAGAGGUUCUGAGAAAGCGCUUUGAGACCACAGCUGUUAACACCUUGUUCUGUUCAAAAACACAGCAGAAACAGAUGCUGGAGAUCUGUGAGAGCUGUAUUAGGGAAGAAACCCUCAGGGAAGUGAGAGACUCACACUUCUUUUCCAUCAUCACUGAUGAUGUGGUGGACAUAGCAGGAGAAGAGCACUUGCCUGUCUUGGUGAGGUUUGUUGAUGAAUCUCAUAACCUGAGAGAGGAAUUUGUGGGCUUUCUGCCUUAUGAAGCUGAUGCAGAAAUUUUGGCUGUGAAAUUUCACACUACAAUAACUGAGAAGUGGGGACUAAAUAUGGAGUAUUGUCGUGGCCAGGCUUAUAUUGUAUCCAGUGGAUUUUCUUCUAAAAUGAAAGUUGUUGCUUCUAGACUUCUAGAGAAGUAUCCUCAAGCUAUCUACACACUCUGCUCUUCCUGUGCCUUAAACAUGUGGUUGGCAAAAUCAGUGCCUGUGGUGGGGGUAUCAGUUGCGUUGGGAACAAUUGAGGAAGUUUGUUCUUUUUUCCAUCGAUCACCACAACUACUUUUAGAACUUGACAAUGUAAUUUCUGUUCUUUUCCAGAACAGUGAAGAAAGGGGUAAAGAAUUGAAGGAAAUAUGUCAUUCUCAGUGGACAGGCAGGCAUGAUGCUUUUGAGGUUUUAGUGGACCUGUUACAAGCACUUGUUUUAUGUUUAGAUGGUAUAAAUAGUGACACAAAUAUUAGGUGGAAUAACUGUAUAGCUGGCCGAGCAUUUGUACUCUGUAGUGCAGUAACAGAUUUUGAUUUUAUUGUUACCAUUGUUGUUCUUAAAAAUGUCUUAUCUUUUACAAGGGCCUUUGGGAAAAAUCUCCAGGGACAAACUUCUGAUGUCUUCUUUGCAGCCAGUAGCUUGACUGCUGUACUACACUCACUGAAUGAAGUGAUGGAAAAUAUUGAAGUUUAUCAUGAGUUUUGGUUUGAGGAAGCCACAAAUUUGGCAACCAAACUUGAUAUUCAAAUGAAACUCCCUGGAAAAUUUCGUAGGGCUUACAGAGCUGAACUUCAUUGUUGGAGAAUCAAAUGGAAACACAGAGGGAAAGACAUAGAGCUUCCAUCCACCAUUUAUGAAGCCCUCCAUCUGCCUGACAUCAAGUUUUUUCCUAAUGUGUAUGCCUUACUGAAAGUCCUGUGUAUUCUUCCUGUGAUGAAAGUUGAGAAUGAGCGCUAUGAAAGGACGACUGACACACUCUCAGCUGAACUUCAUUGUUGGAGAAUCAAAUGGAAACACAGAGGGAAAGACAUAGAGCUUCCAUCCACCAUUUAUGAAGCCCUCCAUCUGCCUGACAUCAAGUUUUUUCCUAAUGUGUAUGCCUUACUGAAAGUCCUGUGUAUUCUUCCUGUGAUGAAAGUUGAGAAUGAGCGCUAUGAAAAUGGACGAAAGCGUCUCAAAGCAUACUUGAGGAACACUUUGACAGACCAAAGGUCAAGUAACUUGGCUUUGCUUAACAUAAAUUUUGAUAUAAAACAUGAUCUGGACUUAAUGGUGGACACAUAUAUCAAACUAUAUACAACCAAAUCAGAGCUUCCUACAGAUAAUUCAGAAACUGUUGAAAAUACCUAAGAGACUUCUAAAGUGGGCUUUUUCUUAUAUUUGAUAUUUGAAAGAAAAGCUAUAAGGGGUGUAUUUAGGCCAUCUAAUCACUGAAUAUGCUAUCCUAUAGGCCUAUCAUUGAAUAUAUUAGCCAUUGAUAAUCUCCAUAUUUAAAUGGCCCCGCUGAACUCUCAUGCACUGAGACCUGUCCGUUCUUCCAGAAGAUAACAUUGUAAGUGCCACUCUUCACUUUGGUGUGACCUCUGCUGGUGGCACUAUGGAAUUAUUUUAAUUAAGUCAUUUUAGAUGACACACUGUCAUUGUCUAUCCGCUUUCAAGUAUUGAGUUGUCAGUUUUUGCAGAAAUGAAUUUUGAGGUAGUGUGGAAGAAAGGAAUGAGUCUUAUAAAAUGUUAUGGUGAAGGCCAUCAUUGUCCUGUGAUUAGUAGGAGUUUUAAGUGUGUUAUUAAAAGUCUGUUGGACAGUUAAGGGAAUUUCUAAAGAGAAGUUUAUCAGCUCACCAGAUUUCAAUGUAGAUUUUGUCUUUAUUAAAUGAACUUAAAGGAAGAGGCUACAGUUAAAGCUUGAAUGGAAAAGCUUACCAUUAUUCCACAUCUGAUUAUUGCUGUUUACAUUCCUUUGUGGAGCCUUCAUCUUCAUAAGAUUCUUAGCAGGUAAAUAUUGAACACUUCUGCUUCAUCAUCGAGGCAGAAUCAGAGGCCAUCCAUACAGGCAACUGACUUGUCUGUUUUCUUCUAUCUUUUUCCAUGACUUUUACCUACUGCCUCGUCUUGAUUUAUAAGCAAAACCCGAAAACCUACAAAAUGAAUGUUUUGUGGUUUAUCUAGAAAUAAUAUAGAAAAUAUUGCUGUUAUUUUUG